UGGUAGCCGCUCUUCUAAAACUUUUAAACCAAAGAAGAACAUUCCGGAAGGCUCCCACCAAUAUGAGCUGCUGAAACAUGCGGAGGCAACUCUUGGGAGUGGCAACUUACGGAUGGCUGUUAUGCUGCCUGAAGGCGAAGAUCUAAAUGAAUGGGUUGCCGUGAACACUGUGGACUUCUUUAACCAGAUCAACAUGCUUUAUGGGACAAUUACAGACUUCUGCACAGAGGAGAGCUGUCCAGUGAUGUCUGCAGGGCCAAAGUAA